ACAAGUGAAGUGACUCAGGUUGGAACUGUAGUUGGAGGGGUCAGAGGGUCAAAACGACAGCGUUUUUAGUAAUUUGGUGCCUCGACAUCCCCCAUCCCCACCGGUGGGGAUGUGCCCGUGACUCAGGGACGGAAAACACACGUGUCUGCGAGAUACACGCCGAAUGCGGGAGACCGGAGCUAUUUAACGGGCAGAACCCGCUACUCCUCUCGUGCUGACGACAGCGAGAGCCGGAGGGGCUGCAGCCCUGCCCACCCCCGCUCGAGCCGGGGAUGCUCUGAGCGGAGCCGCAGCCCUGCUCGCCGGUGGCGGGGGAAGGGGACCCCUCGCACCGGGGGGACUCGCCCAACUUCCUCCGUGCCUUCCCUCGCUGCCAUGGCCAUCGCCAACUCCUCCCGCAACUUCUCGGCGUCGGGGGCUCGGAACGGCUCGGUAUCAGAGAAGCCAGCACCGUACACCAAUGUGAUCAUGCCCAGCCUCUUCAGCAUCAUCUGUUUCCUGGGCAUUGUGGGGAACCUCAUUGUCAUCUACACUAUCGUCAAGAAGAAAAAGCUGAGAUGCAAACAGACUGUUCCUGACAUUUUCAUCUUCAACCUCUCCAUUGUGGACCUCCUCUUCCUCUUAGGCAUGCCUUUCCUCAUCCACCAGCUCCUAGGCAAUGGCUCAUGGUACUUUGGAGCUCCCCUAUGCACCAUCAUCACUGCCUUGGACACCAACAGUCAGAUCACCAGCACCAACAUCCUUACAGUGAUGACACUGGACCGUUACCUGGCGACAGUCUACCCUCUAAAAUCUACCUAUGUCCGGACCCCAUGUGUUGCUGCUCUAGUUAUCUGCUUGGUGUGGCUCCUCUCCUUCCUGACCAUCAUUCCCGUGUGGAUGUAUGCAGGUCUAAUGCCUCUGGAGGAUGGGACUGUCCGCUGUGCUCUCUUGCUUCCCAACCCAGAGACAGAUAUCUACUGGUUUACCCUCUAUCAGUUCAUGCUAGCAUUUGCUGUGCCAUUGAUUGUGAUCUGUGUGGUCUAUUUUAAGAUCCUCCAGCACAUGGCCACCACUGUGGUCCCAUUGCCCCAAAGGAGCCUCCGGGUACGUACCAAGAAAGUCACCCGUAUGGCAGUUGCCAUCUGCUCUGCUUUUUUUAUUUGCUGGGCUCCCUUCUACAUCCUCCAGCUGGUUCACCUCGGCAUCGACACCCCGUCCAUGGCCUUCUUUUAUGCCUACAACUUUGCCAUUAGCUUGGGCUACGCCAACAGUUGCCUCAACCCCUUCCUCUACAUCGCCCUCAGCGAGACCUUCAAGCGCCAGUUCUUGGUGGCCAUCUGCCCUGCAAAAGAGCCAUGUCACAAUGGCAGCUCUGUCAACAACAACAGCAUGACAGAGGCCAGCGUGUGUCUAAAGCUGGCACCAGAAUCCACCCAGCAGACUCAGUUUCUGGAGGACUUUUCCCCGCGUUCGCUGCCUGUGACUGUGGCUGUUCACUAGGGCACUCCAAAGUGACCGUAGCAAAAAGCCUUCAGAUCCGUAAGUCAGAGGAGAAGCAGCAGCUUCAGGCAAUUCUUGGUGAAGCACACGAACUACAAGCUUCCACCUCCAAGAGUCCAGGUGCUUUCUUUUUUCACUGCAGGCCACUGCUCCUUCACUGCCCUUGGCCUGUGAAACGCUGCAGGCUGCUGCUCUUCUCCACUCUUGCACAGGAGGAAAUCCAUCACACAAGGCACCAGGACCCCAAAGAGGAUGGGUGAAAAACAGAGAGAAGAUGGAAAGAACGUUUGAAGGGGGAAUGUUCACCCUGGAGAGUAAAAACUCUAUCACCAACACUGCCUGGUGAUCCCCUGCCUCUUGGCCUGGCCGGGACUCCUAAGCAGCAUCCCAAUACAGAGCUUCUUCAUUCAGAACUUGAGCAUUUGACACAUAACGUAAUAUAUUUAUUUUUGGUAAGGACCUGUGAAAUUCAAUGGCUCUGCUCAUAUCCUAGAAGCAAACAGCAGAGAGAUCUUGGGGCCAGAAGUCUCACCUAGGUCUGCCACUUGGCCUUUUGCUCCAGCCCACCUGCCUUCCCUGGGCUGCAGUGUUUGGCAACCAAGCUAUUUUCAAGAACUGGCUAAUUUUGAUGCUAAUUCUAUGUAUUUCAAGAAAAUCAGGCACAUAAUUCCGCUGCUUCCAGGGACUGCUGCUAACACCAGCUUUGUGGCUUUUCAUGCUAAUGAGCCCAUUUCCACGCCGCGCGUUCCUCACGCUGCUCAUGUUCCUCGCUCUCUGCAUGGCCAUCGGGGAGCCGGGCAGAGGAGUUUAAACAUGACUGAAAACACAAUGCACAGAGCGAGGAGCUGUGAAAAGGCAGCUCAGAGGAAGCAGAGUUACUUACGCAGUUUCCUCAAAAUAACAAAUGCUUCACAAAGUUAAGAGGGAAAAUUACAUGUCUGUGUUUUGUAUAGGUGGCUUUAACAGUCGGAGAUUAGGAAAUAAUUUUGCUCAUUACAAAGACCAAACGAGAGACAGCACAAAUCAGCUGAACGCGGGGGAUUAGACCGAUAGUCUGCACAGGGCUCCCGAGGAAGCAUGCGGGCAUUGUUCAACGCUUUGUCAGACAUGAAGGAACUGGUUACUGUAGAUUAAUUUAAUUUAA